CAGCUGCCAAAUCCAGUAGAAAGAGAAAGCGACAGGGGUAGAGCAGAGUAGAGAGAGAGAAAAGAAUUGACCCUUGACGUGGACGAUGAAGAUGUGAAGUCAAGAAAACCCAGAAAAAGGCGAAGAUGUUCAAGUCGGGGCGAUGGAGGAACGAGAAGAACAAGUUCAAAGCGGUCUUCAAAUUACAGUUCCAUGCCACUCAGUUGGAACAGGUGGGAGGGGAUGCAUUGAUGAUAUCCUUGGUUCCGGCCGACGUUGGAAAGCCGACAGUGAGAUCGGAGAAAGCAGCAAUUCGAGAUGGAAGCUGUUACUGGGAAAAUCCUGUGUAUGAAGCCGUGAAGUUGUUUCAGGAGCCAAAAUCGGGGAAGAUUCACGAGAAAACAUACUAUUUCGUCAUAUCAACUGGGUCAUCAAAAGCUGGUCUUGUUGGAGAAGUUUCAAUCGAUUUUGCAAGUUAUGCCGAGUCCAAUAAACCUUCUUCUGUGUCUCUUCCCCUUAAGAAUACGAAAUGCGGCGCGAUUUUGCAUGUUUCAAUUCAAAGGUUGCCGGAAAAUAUUGAUCAAAGAUACCCUGAGCAAAGCGAAAAUGUAAAAAAUAAUUUGGCAGAUGGAAGCUUGAAGACACAAUUAAGAAACAACAACCCCGAUAUGAAGAUCGACAGCAAUUCUACUCAAGUUUCAAUUCAAAGGUUGCUGGAAAAGAGUGAUCAAAGAUACCCUGAUCAAAGCAAACAUGCAAAAAUUAUUUCGCCGGAUGGAAGCUUGAAGACACAAUUAAGAAACGGCGAUGCAGAUAUGAACAUCGACAGCAAUUUUACUGAAGUUUCAAUUCAAUGCUUGCCGGAAAAUAUUGGUGAAAGAGAUGCUAAGCAAAGCGAGAAUGCAAAAAUUAAUUCAGCAGAUAGAAGCUUGAAAACACAAUUAAGAAAUUGCGAUGCAGAUGUGAACAACAACAGCAGCAAUUCUACUGAAGAUGGGCCUUCGACGAACAAGAUUCCACAUGUUGCUGGGUUGAACGGGAACCGGCGGGCAUCAAGUGGAUCUGAUCUUACAAUGACAAGUUCUGAGAGCAGCUCCGGUCUCAACACCCCAAUACAAUUCUUGUGUCCCGGAGAGGUCAUUUCAGAAGACAAAUCUCAACAAGCUUUAGAAAGCAUGAUUGAAAAGCUCAGAACCGAACUUACUGGUUUGUCUAGGGUAGCAGAAGUGUCAGAGUUAGAACUACAGUCUCUGAGAAAGCAAAUUGCAAAGGAGAGAAAAAGAGGGCAGGAUCUCUCGAGAGAAGUUGUUAUCUUGAAAGAGGAGAGAGAUGCAUUCAAGGAAAAAUGCGAAAAACAUAUGGAUGAGGCGAGGGUGGAAAACAAGUUGAAGUUACAGGGAGGGAAUUCCUUUGCUCUUGUUGAGGAACUAAGAGAAGAACUAAAUUACGAGAAAGACCUUAAUGCCAAUCUUCGAUUACAACUUCAGAAAAUGCAAGAAUCAAACACUGAGUUGAUUCUCGCUCUACGUGACUUAGAUAUAAUGGUGGAGCAGAAGGACAAGGAAUUAUGUAACCUUUCCAACCUGUUCGAAAGGUUCCAAGAAAAUAUGUCCCAACUUAAAAUGGGCGAUGAUGAAGAGAGAAAAACCCUAGAAGAGCUUGCUAUGGAGUCUGGUAGCACUAAGGAGCCACAUUUGCCCGAUGAAAAGAGCAUGGAAGUUUAUGGCGAACUACAGAGAUGCAAAGAUGAUUUAGAAAUGCAGAUGGAGCAGCUUUCUCUUGACUAUGAGAUAUUGAAGCAGGAAAACAAUGAACUCUCAUAUAAAUUGGAGCAAAGUCGAGUUCAAGAACAGCUAAAGAUGCAGUAUGAGUGUUCGUCUCCUUAUGAUAUUGUAAAUGAACUCGAAUCCCACAUUGAGAACUUGGAAUCUGAACUUGAGAAACGGUCAAAUGAGUGUUUGGAAUCUUUGGCCACUGUAACUAAACUAGAAAGACAGAUCAAGGAUUUGGUGGAAGAAAUGGAGAAGCAAGGUCAAGGAUUUGAAGCUGAUUUGGAGAUUCUUAUUGGUGCCAAGGUUGAGCAGGAGCAAAGAGCGAUAAGAGCAGAUGCAGCAUUGAAAAAGAUGCAAUGGCAAAAUCUUAGCAGGGCAGAGCGGCUUCAAGAUGAAUUAAGAAAUGUUUUAAUGGAAGUGGCAUUUAGUUUGGAAGAAAAUGAAAAGAUGACUACAAAAGCGGAAACAGAAGCCAGUGAACUCCGGCUGCAGAUAAGUUAUCUCGAAGAAUUGGUUUCGAAAGCAAAUGAAGAGAUCCAAUCAGUUAGUGACCGGUACGAAGCGAAAUUGAAUGAUAUGGCAUCAGAAAUUGACCAUGGAAAGAAGCAUGGGGAAGAAACUCAGAGGGUUCUAUCACAGGACAUACAGAUGCUUAAAGCGGAGAUUGGAAGGCUCGAGACAGAAAAUAAUACCCUUUAUGAUGAAGUGCAACGAAUGGAAUCUUUGAAAGAUGAACUGGAGCAAAUGAAGACAUCAAUGGAGGAAAAACAAACGAUGCUACGAAGAGGAAACAUGGAAAGGACUGAUAUGGAAAGCAUGAUUCAUUUGUUGAGGAAGGAUGCUGAGGUGUUUACAGAGGAACUAAACUUGCUGAGGGGCUUUAAGAAUGAAAAUGAAUUAGUAAUUGAAAGGCUCAAGACAGAGAAUAAUGCCCUUUAUGAUGAAGUGCAAUGGAUAAAAUCUUUUAAAGAUGAACUCGAACAAAUGAAGACAUCGAUGGAGGAAAAAGAAACGAUGCUACGAAGAGGAAACAUGGAUAGGAACGAUUUGAAAAGCACGAUUGAUAUAUUAAGGAAGGAUGCCGAGACGUUAACAGAGGAACUAAACUUGCUGAGGGGCUUAAAGGAGGAAAAGGAAUUAGUAAUUGGAAGGCUCGAGACGGAGAAAAGUAGCCUUUAUGAUGAAGUGCAAAGGAUGGAAUCUUUGAAAGAUGAACUGGAACAAAUGAAGACAUCGAUGGAGGAAAAAGAAACGAUGCUGCGGAGAGGAAGCAUGGGAAGGAACGAUUUGGAAAGCAUGAUUGAUUCAUUGAGGAAGGAUGCCGAGAUGUUAACAGAGGAACUAAACUUGCUGAGGGGCUUAAAGGAUGAAAAGGAAUUAGUAAUUGGAAGGCUCGAGACAGAGAAUAAUGCCCUUUAUGAUGAAGUGCAACGGAUAGAAUCUUUGAAAGAUGAACUGGAACAAAUGAAGACAUCGAUGGAGGAAAAAGAAACGAUGCUACGGAGAGGAAGCAUGGAAAGGAAUGAUUUGGAAAGCAUGAUUAAUUCAUUGAGGAAGGAUGCUGAGAUGUUAACAGAGGAACAAAACUUGCUGAGGGGCUUAAAGGAUGAAAACGAAUUUGUAAUUGGAAAUCUACAACUGGAGUUGGACGCUCUUAAAUCUAAGUACACUGACUCCAACCGUUGUUUGUUCAAGGAUGAUUUUGAGGAAGAGGAACUUAGGAAUCAGGCUUGUGAGGUAAAUGGUGACCUAAAUAAUGAGGGUGCAUUCAGCAAUUUGGAGAAGCAACUGAUCAGGGAUAAUGAAACAUACUGUAUGGUAGUUAAAGAUCCUGAGGGGAUUGCUUUGAAUGGUAGCGUACCUAAAGCGGUGAAAAAUUGGUCUGUGAUGCCUAUGAUAAGAAGCUGUAGUGAAGUUUCAUUAGUGAAAGAGGUGGAAGCCUCUAUUUUCAGUACUUUACAUGAAGGACACCUAGAGGAAUUAUUAAGGGAAAUGGAAUUGCUGAGGGAGAAGAACACGUCAAUGGAAGGGGAACUGAAGCAAAUGCAAGAGAGGUAUUCAGACAUAAGUCUCAAGUUUGCAGAGGUAGAAGGUGAGAGGCAACGGCUCCAAAUGAUGGUAAACCGUAAGAACAGAAAGAAGUCCUGAUAUAGUUUUUGUAGAAAUCUGGAUAUCUGGACACCGUUCUUUGAUUAUGUGCUGCCUAUGCCCUUAAAUCUCUGAUGCAAGAUUUCGUCCAGAAUUUUGUCAACAAUAUGAUAGUAAUGGUGUUGUGUACAUUCGUAAUAGAUUUCUUUCAUUUUUUCCCUCUUGGAGAUAUAGAUUUUGUUCCCAAAUCGAAGAAAUAAUAAAAGAAAAAUGUGCCUCGGUGUUUAAUCCGUGUUUGUUUUUCUACGUCAUAAUUGUUUUGACUCAAUAAAUAUUGGCAUUCUAUUACUAAUCUGUUGCGAUUUAUAUUUGUCUUUCAUCA